GCACGAUAUUAAGGUCUACGUAGAUAAGGCGGUUACAUACAAAAAUAAAGUCUGCAAAAUUUUCUGCUAUUAAAGAAUCAAAUUUACAGGAAAAUGGCGGGAAUAUGUAACCCUCACGAAACUCGAGUCGCGGAAUUGCAAGCAAUUUUGAAAAAAUACAGUCCUGGGCAAACCAUUCGAUCAAAGGAGAAACGACCCAAGAACCCUCCAAAACAGACGAGGAUUGGGAUUUUUGGGGCACCUGGUGUAGGGAAGUCGGCCUUCAUCAAUUCUCUUCUCUACGUUACUGGGGAAUCGUGGAAUCAUGAGGCUCCAGAAGGGUACGUAGAACAGCAAUCUACCACCAUGAAGCGAGACGCUUACGACUUGACCGAUCAUCUUGUUGUCUGUGACAAUCGGGGCAUGGUAGAAUUCAGCCAAAAGUUCAUGGGCGAAGUUGAAUACCAAAUAGAAGGAGUCAGGCGUGACGGUGAACAUGUUGUGUGGGAUAAAGGUAGAGUAGAACGACUAGUUGCUUACUUGAACAGUUUGAGGACGUCCAAAUCUACCAACAAGCUAUCCGAGAUCCACUGUGCCGUAAUAGUUGUCAGUGGAGAGAACCUUCUUGUUAAAGCGGCUGAUUUAGCUGACCUUGUCCAGACUAUCAGACGAAUGACAGGUAUAAUGUUUGAUGAUUGUAAACCUUAG